UUUAAUCAAUUUAUCAAUUACCUAGCUAUAUUGUUUUUAAACAUUUUGAUUGAAUCAGAAAGGAUUUCGUUCAAAAUUGGAAAAUGUUUCAAACAUCAUGACGUUUCACGACGGACGGGCAUAGUUUUUCGCUGAAUUGUGUGUGAUUUGAGGGUUCGAGUAGGGAGGGGGAAGGGAAGCGGGGACGCAACCCAGUCUAGCCACCUCCCAGUGUAUAAAAACUCAAACUCAACCAGCAUUCUUUCUCUUUUUGUUACCUGGGUAGGGGCAUCAGCAGUGGUCGAGUGAGCGCACAGUAACACCGAAACGAAUUAAGCAACCAUGGGAAAGGAAAAGAUCCACAUUAACAUCGUGGUCAUUGGCCAUGUCGACUCCGGCAAGUCAACCACCACAGGCCAUCUGAUCUACAAGUGCGGAGGCAUUGACAAGAGAACCAUUGAAAAGUUCGAGAAGGAAGCAGCUGAGAUGGGCAAGGGCUCUUUCAAGUAUGCCUGGGUGCUGGACAAGCUGACUGAGAGGGAGCGUGGUAUCACCAUCGACAUUUCCCUGUGGAAGUUUGAGACCGGCAGGUACUACGUCACAAUCAUUGAUGCCCCUGGACACAGAGAUUUCAUCAAGAACAUGAUCACUGGUACCUCUCAGGCUGAUUGCGCUGUGCUGAUUGUUGCUGGUGGUGUGGGUGAGUUUGAGGCUGGUAUCUCCAAGAACGGCCAGACCCGUGAGCACGCUCUCCUCGCCUACACUCUGGGAGUGAAGCAGCUCAUUGUUGGAGUCAACAAGAUGGACUCUACUGAGCCCCCCUACAGCCAGAAGCGGUUUGAGGAGAUCCAGAAGGAGGUCACCACCUACAUCAAGAAGAUUGGCUACAACCCUGCCACCGUUGCCUUUGUGCCCAUCUCUGGAUGGCAUGGGGACAACAUGCUGGAAGCCAGCGCCAAUAUGGGCUGGUUCAAGGGAUGGAAGGUCGAACGUAAGGAUGGUAACGCCAACGGUGUGACUCUGCUGGAGGCCCUGGACUCAAUCCUGCCCCCCUCCCGCCCCACAGAUAAGCCCCUUCGUCUGCCCCUCCAGGAUGUCUACAAAAUCGGCGGUAUUGGAACAGUACCUGUGGGCCGUGUGGAGACUGGCACCCUGAAGGCAGGUAUGAUCGUCACCUUCGCCCCCGCUAACGUCACCACUGAGGUGAAGUCUGUGGAGAUGCACCACGAGACCCUGGAAUCGGCUAUGCCUGGUGACAAUGUCGGCUUCAACGUCAAGAACGUGUCCGUCAAGGAUAUCCGUCGUGGCAACGUGGCUGGAGACAGCAAAAACGACCCCCCAAUGGAGGCCGGCACCUUCACCGCUCAGGUCAUCAUCCUGAACCACCCUGGCCAGAUCUCCCAGGGCUAUGCCCCUGUACUGGAUUGCCACACUGCUCACAUCGCCUGCAAGUUCAGCGAGCUCAAGGAGAAGAUCGACCGUCGUUCCGGCAAGAAACUUGAGGAUGCCCCCAAGUUCCUGAAGUCUGGAGACGCUGCCAUCGUUGACAUGAUCCCCGGCAAGCCCAUGUGUGUGGAGAGCUUCCAGGAAUACCCUCCUCUUGGUCGUUUCGCUGUGCGUGACAUGAGGCAGACUGUUGCUGUUGGUGUCAUCAAGGCCGUCGACAAGAAGGCUGCCUCCAGCGGCAAGGUCACCAAAUCCGCCGUUAAGGCUGGUAAAAAGUGAAUUCUCCUCCCACAGGACGUCCCUCGGGUGGUGGGGUCUGCAGCCCUACAUCCUGCGGAGUCUCAAAACCUGAGCUCUAUACUUAAGGACUGGUUAAUGCUGAUUAAAACCCAUCGUAAAAGUUUUCGCAGGAAAAGAACCCAACGCAGAUACACUUUGUCAUAUGACUGACAGUGCCUCUUUCAGUUACAUUUGAGUAAAUGGUUUAGAACUGCACCUGUUUGAUGCCACAAUUAAAUUGGAAGAAAGCUGCUGGUAACUAAUAAAGGUCUUUAAAUGUCUUGACCAAAAA